UACGACAGACUCCAAAAUGCCAUUAGGCGACCUAACAAAAUCUGAUUUGCAUGGUUGUGGCUAUUUUGUUGGCAAGUGCAAUUUCUAUUCCUCGUAUGGCACUGUUUAUGAUGAGGCAUCCACUUAUUUUGCCUGCCCUUGCUCCCCCAUUGGGCCACUCUCACCACCAUCAGGUCAUGGUCUCAUCCGUUUCAUAAAUUCCCUUGCAUGAAAAGGUGUUAAGUACUAAGGAAAAUGCAGAACCACUUUCUUUAUUGCAAUAUCAAGCAUUCCAUACUAUUGGAUGUGGAACUUUGUGCACCCUAUGAUAGCUAUGUCUCUAAAAAAAUGCCACACUCAAAUUAAGCUAUUAGCAUAACCCUGACAAACAACAUAAUCAAGGAAUCUGCAGAAGAAAACUGGCAUACCACAUCAAAAUUAGAUCUCCAACUCUAAAGCAAUAUCAAUUUUGCGAUUAAAAAUUUAUGUGAGGGUUGCAUAUAUACUAGUACUAGCUUCCGCUUGUCAUCUUAGCUUGAUAUUCUUAGGGCAUUUCAAAUUCACUAGAGCAUCCUCAUUGAUGACCCAAAAGAAACCCAAAAAGCAAAAUGCUCACAACUUUAUUGAUGAUGGCAAGUGUGCACUUCAGUUCUUCGUUAUAGUACUUGGUGUCCUUGAACUUCAAUUCCAUCCCUAUCUCUAUUCUAGCCUCAAUGAACUUGAGGUUAAUGGUAUUCCCCUCUUUAUUGUGAUCUAUGUUAUUCAAGGAACUUCAAUUUGGAGUAGCUAAAUAGUUGGUGGAAGUGGAAACCAUCAUGUGAAAUUGUGAACCACUGUUGUAAAGAACUUUGAAUGGGAUGCAAAAGAAGAAAGGGGAGAAGCUAAGUGAAUCAAACAAAGCUUUCGUGGGAGUGAGGAUGGGUUCCCCACAAAUGCAUGAAGAAGAGGAGUAAAUCAUAGAUUGAGUUCAUGGGUGGUGGCAAAGUAGAGGGGACUGCCAUGGAUGGCAAGGGAGGUGAUGGCCACUGAUUAGGGCAUAAGGAUGGAGAAAGUGUAGUUUUUUUAGAGAGAUUGGAAAUGAAUUAUUAGCGUGUAGCGAUGCACCUUGCUUAAGAAGAAGUUGCAUUGAAGAAAUGAAAUCGUACAGAUUCUGUUUGUGUUUUCCUUCUACCUCUCCAUGGAAAUUCAAUAUCUACUACAAAAUACAACGUUUUAACCUUUUUACCAAAAGGAUUAUUUGAACAGUUCAGACGGGUGGCUAAUCUCUACUUUCUUUCAAUCUCAAUUUUGUCAACCACACCAAUUAGUCCCGUCUCUCCAAUUACCAAUGUACUUCCUCUAUCCUUGGUUCUUCUUGCAUCUCUUAUUAAGGAAGCUUGGGAGGACUGGAAGCGCUUUCAAAAUGACAUGGCCAUAAACAAUAAAAUGGUAGACGUUUUGCAAGAUCAACGGUGGGUUUCUGUACCCUGGAAAGCGUUGCAGGUUGGAGACAUUGUCAAGGUUAAGCAGGAUGAAUUCUUUCCAGCAGAUCUGCUUUUCAUGGCUAGUACAAAUGCAGAUGGUGUUUGCUACAUUGAGACUGCUAAUUUGGACGGGGAAACCAACUUGAAGAUAAGGAAAGCAUUGGAAAAGACUUGGGAUUACCUGACUCCACCGAAAGCAUCUGAGUUUAAAGGUGAAAUUCAAUGUGAACAACCAAACAAUUCGCUGUAUACCUUUACUGGAAAUCUUAUAUUGGACAAUCAAACAUUGCCUCUCAGUCCAAAUCAAGUUUUGCUGCGAGGAUGCAGUCUCAGGAAUACGGAGUAUAUUGUUACGGUGGUUAUUUUUACAGGACAUGAAACAAAGGUGAUGAUGAAUUCAAUGAACGUUCCUUCCAAAAGAAGUACAUUGGAGAGGAAACUUGACAAGCUCAUACUCACUCUAUUUGUAACUCUCUUUGUGAUGUGCUUUGUUGGAGCCACGGGCAGUGCACUCUUCGUAGACAAGAAAUAUUAUUACUUGCAUCUUGAUUCAAUUGAGGAGGGAUCAUCACAGUUUAACCCUAACAACAGAUUUUUGGUUCUUAUUCUGACUAUGUUUACCCUUAUCACACUAUACUCUUCAAUCAUUCCCAUUUCUCUUUAUGUCUCUAUAGAGAUGAUAAAAUUUAUCCAGUCUGCUCAGUUUAUUAACAAGGACUUGCACAUGUAUCAUAGUGAAACCAAUACGCCUGCAUUAGCUAGGACGUCAAAUCUGAAUGAAGAACUUGGGCAGGUGGAAUACAUUUUUUCUGACAAAACUGGGACUCUUACUAGAAACUUAAUGGAAUUCUUCAAGUGCUCAAUUGGUGGGGAGGUGUAUGGACAUGGUGUGACAGAAAUUGAAAGGGGAAUAGCAGAGCGCAAUGGCAUGAAAAUUGAGGAAAAAAGAUCACCCAAUGCAGUGCAAGAGAAAGGUUUUAAUUUUGAUGAUACUAGGAUUAUGAGAGGAGCAUGGAGGAAUGAGUCUAAUCCUGAUAUCUGCAAGGGGUUCUUCAGAUGUCUUGCUAUAUGUCAUACAGUACUUCCUGAGGGUGAAGAGUCCCCUGAAAAGAUUAAGUAUCAAGCUGCGUCUCCUGAUGAGUCUGCUUUGGUUAUUGCUGCAAAGAACUUUGGUUUCUUUUUCUACAGACGCACACCAACAGCUAUAUAUGUUCGUGAAUCUCAUGUGGAGAAGAUUGGCCAUACUCAAGAUGUAUCCUAUGAAAUUUUAAAUGUACUCGAGUUUAAUAGUACAAGGAAGCGUCAGUCCGUUGUAUGUCGUUAUCCAGAUGGGAGGCUUGUAUUGUACUGCAAGGGUGCUGAUACUGUAAUCUUUGAGAGACUGGCUGAUGGUAAUAAUGAAAUCAGGAACUUGACAAGAGAGCAUCUGGAACAAUUUGGAUCUGCUGGACUACGCACAUUAUGCCUGGCCUACAAAGAAUUGCAUCCUGAUGCUUAUGAAAGCUGGAAUGAGAAGUUUAUCCAGGCCAAGUCUUCUUUACGUGAUCGUGAGAAGAAGUUAGAUGAGGUUGCGGAACUUAUUGAAAAUGGUCUCACUUUAAUUGGUUGCACCGCCAUCGAAGACAAGCUUCAGGAGGGAGUACCAGCUUGCAUACGGACUCUUCAAAAGGCUGGUAUCAAAAUUUGGGUUCUUACAGGGGACAAGAUUGAAACAGCAAUAAACAUAGCCUACGCAUGCAAUUUAAUAAACAAUGAGAUGAAGAAAUUUAUUAUCAGCUCAGAAACUGAUGCGAUAAGAGAAGUUGAAGAAAAGGGUGACCAAGUGGAAAUUGCACGAUUUAUUAAAGAUGAAGUGAAAAAAGAGCUAAAGAAAUGCACUGAGGAAGCACAGAGCUAUUUUAACACUGGAUCUGCACCAAAAUUAGCACUUGUAAUUGAUGGAAAGUGUCUAAUGUAUGCGUUGGAUCCAAGUUUAAGAGUGAUGCUGCUGGAUUUAGGUUUGAACUGUCAUGCUGUCGUUUGCUGCCGAGUUUCUCCUUUACAGAAAGCACAGGUAACAAGUAUGGUCAAGAAAGGUGCACAUAAAAUAACACUUAGUAUUGGUGAUGGAGCCAAUGAUGUUAGCAUGAUUCAAGCUGCUCAUGUUGGUGUUGGCAUAAGUGGGUUGGAAGGAAUGCAAGCUGUGAUGGCUAGUGACUUUGCCAUUGCACAGUUCCGUUACUUGGAAGAUUUGCUGCUUGUUCAUGGCCGCUGGUCAUAUCUACGUGUAUGCAAGGUGGUAUUAUACUUCUUCUAUAAGAAUCUCACAUUCGCUCUCACUCAGUUUUGGUUUACUUUUCAAACUGGGUUUUCUGGUCAGAGAUUCUAUGAUGAUUGGUUUCAGUCAUUAUAUAAUGUCAUCUUCACAGCAGUACCUGUGGUCAUUGUUGGGCUAUUUGACAAGGAUGUCAGUGCGUCUUUAUCCAAGAAGUAUCCUGAGCUAUACAAGGAGGGAAUAAAGAAUGCCUUCUUCAAGUGGAGAGUUGUGGCUGUCUAUGCCUUUUUUUCUAUAUACCAGUCUCUAAUAUUCUUCUAUUUUGUGGGCACAACAAACCUGACUGCUAAGAACUCAGAUGGAAAGAUAUUUGGACUCUGGGAUGUCAGUACAAUGGCAUUCACAUGUGUUGUAAUAACUGUCAACUUGCGACUGCUUUUGAUCUGUAAUUCAAUCACAAGAUGGCACUAUAUUAGUGUCGGUGGAAGUAUAUUAGCCUGGUUUAUUUUUGUUUUUAUAUACUCGUUGAUUUGUCAUCUUUUUGGUCGGCAGAAUGUUUAUUUUGUCAUCUUUGUCUUGAUGAGUACAUUCUAUUUCUACUUCAUACUACUACUUGUUCCCGUUGCUGCACUCUUCUGUGACUUUGUUUACCAAGGGGUUCAAAGAUGGUUCUUCCCCUAUGAUUUUCAAAUUGUUCAAGAAAUGCACAAGAAUGAGCUUAAUGACACCGGUAGGGCAAAAUUGCUGGAGGUAGAGAACCAGCUUACGGAAGAUCAAGCAAGGAGCUACGCUGUAUCUCGGCUCCCACCUGCGAUAUCAAAGCACACUGGGUUUGCAUUCGAUUCGCCAGGGUACGAGUCAUUCUUUGCUUCACAGAUUGGUGUAUAUGCCCCUCCAAAGGCAUGGGAUGUUGCAAGACGAGCUAGCAUGAAAUCACGGCUAAAGAUUGUGCUGCAAAAGUGAUUUAGAGUAAGAUUACUGUACAUUGCAUUGGUUUUGAUCUUCCUUUUGUGAGCAGCCCUAGGAAUUCUGUAAAAUCAAAAUGUGCCAUAUUAAUUAUCUGCUUAACUUAUGUUUAGGAUAUAUUCUGUUUUGGGCCAUUUAGAGUAGAUUUUCAGGAACCUCGCAGAUGUAUAUUCCACGAUAAACAGCAAUUCAUAUAUAGCCAUUUUUGAAAGAGUUAA